UCCUUCGGCAGAGUUGACUCACACUCUGUAAGAGGACACCAGGCCAGGCUUGUUCUGCAGGCCGAGGACACAAAUAGCUGCCAGCUGAACCCGGACGCCUGGAACCUCUUUGCAUUUAAAGAAAGAAGAAAGAAGAGGCGAGCUCCAGCCAACAUGAUGUGCCUGAGGACCGGUGUGCUGCUGCUGCUUCUUCUCGUGUCUGGGACAGUAACGCAGGACGGAUUCGACCUGUCCGACGCCCUGGAUGAUCUGGCGCCAGCGCCAACACCUGUGAAGCCCAAAGAGAAGCCCAAGGCUCCUGAACAACCCAAAACCAACGGGGGGCUGGACCUCUCUGAUGCGUUUGGACCAGAUGAGCCAGCUCCGACUAAAAAACCCAAGAAACCGAGUUCUGGAGAUUCUGGUGGUUUUGGGCUAGAUCUGGAGGACGCUCUGGGUCCAGACCCCAACCCCAAACCGGACAAACCUGUGGUGGACCCCCCAAAGCCCCGAGGUGGAGGAUCCUUUGGAGACUCUGAUUUGUUGGAUGUCAGUGGCGGAGACUACAAACCUGAUGGAGGACGCUCCGGAGGAGGGCGGGCGGUGGACCCCGGCUACGACUCUCAGGGCGGUGCUGGCGACCAGCCUCAAGAAGCUGGAGCCGGGCCAAUUGCGGGCAUCGCCAGCGCUAUCGGAGUGGCGCUACUCGGAGCGGCGUCCAGUUACUUUGCUUACCAGAAGAAAAAGCUCUGCUUCAAGAUACAAGGAGGUGCGGAUCCAGAGAGCGGUAAAGGCCAGCGGUCUGAUCCCCAAGUUUUCAGCGAACUGCUCAAGACAUCCUAAACCGAGUCUGCAUUUGACAACUCUUCUCUCCAAAACCCAACUCCAUCCAACACUCCGUCAACGGCCGUCUUCAGUCUCAACGAUUCCUCUUUCCUGUUACACAACUUCAGCCUCACUUGAAAACUAUAAAAACCAUAAGUUGUGCAUCAUUUAUUUUUUAACCAACCUCAGCCCCCAGUGGAGAUUUCUAAGAUGAUUUCAAAUGAAAAAUGCUUUUAACCAU